AUGGUAAUUAAAAUCAACCUCCAAGAAACCAACAAUCAUCUUCUUGAAACAUUCAAUACUAUAAAACAAUCUAAAAAAUGCGUAGUAAUUACGGGCGCAGGAAUAUCAUGUUCUGGUGGAAUUCCGGACUUUAGAUCCGCUGGUGGAAUAUAUGAUAUGAUUAAACAAAGGUUUCCAGGUUCCUUCCGAUCUGGAAAGGAUCUGUUUGAUAUUACUAUGUUGAAGGACCAUAAAUCAAUAGGAGCCUUUAAUAUGUUUAUGGGAAUUUUAAAGGAACGUAUCAACAAUGCCAGACCAACUCCUACUCACCAUUUCUUAAAAAAGCUAGACAACAAGAAGAAAUUGGUAAGAGUAUACACACAGAACAUAGACAAUCUAGAAGAAGUAGCUGGACUGGCCACUGAUUCAAUCAUAAUCAAACCAUCGAACUGUACAAUUAAGGCCAUCCAGCUACAUGGAACCAUGAAAUUUCUCAAAUGUUCUGCAUGUUCCGAGGUAUAUGAGUUUAGUAAAUCUCACUGUGAAAGAUUUAAAGAAGGCGAAUCUCCAUCUUGUCCACGAUGCGAACAAAGUGAACAGAAAAGAAGAAAUGCUGGUAAGAGGUCACACAAAAUUGGAAUUCUCAAACCGAAUAUUGUUUUAUAUGGAGAUAAUCACUCACAAGAACUUCGGAUUGGAAAAGUUGCAGCAAAAGAUUCGAAUAAAGCAGAUUGUAUGAUAAUUAUGGGUACAUCAUUACAAAUACCUGGUAUAAAGGAUCUAAUUAGACAAUUUGCUGUGAAUAUUCAUAAAAAAGGCGGUAAAAUAAUUGUGGUCAAUCUAACUGACAUUGUCAAAACAAAAGAAAUGUUUGGACAACCAAUUGAUCCUUCAUCAUCAUCUGAAGGUAGUGGAGUAAUUGGUAAAGAUGAACAAGCAAGUAAUGAAUUAAAAGCUAAUGUAAUUGAUGGUGAUGUAUUUGACGAGACUGCUAAAAUUACUGAUAAAGUGAUGACUGUAAAAAAAAUAUUAACACCGUUAUCACCAGCACAAAUUCCUAUAAUAAGAUGUGUAGGAUUAAACUAUAAAGCACAUGCACAUGAGAUAUCACAACCAUUACCAAAAUAUCCAAUUUUAUUUAUAAAACCUUCUACCAGUUUACAAAAUCCCAAUGAUAAAAUUUUAGUUCCAUCAUUAGCAAACAAUAAUCAAACAGAUUAUGAAGCAGAAUUAGCAGUUGUGUUGAAUAAAGAUUGUAAAAAUGUUGAUGUAGAAAAUGCAUUAAAUUAUGUGUUGGGUUAUACUUGUGCUAAUGAUGUCUCGGCUAGAAAAUGGCAAGGAAAAAUGCUUGGAUCUGGUCAAUGGUGUUUUUCUAAAGGAUUUGAUACAUUUUGUCCAAUUGGACCAGUGUUAGUAUCACCAAAGUUGAUCAAAAAUCCGAAUUCACUUGGUAUACGUACAAUAAUUAAUGGAAAAGUUUUACAAAAUUCUAACACAAAAGAUAAAUUAAUUAGUUUUUUAAGUAAAGGAACUACUUUACAAAAGGGUAGUAUGAUAUUAACAGGUACACCUGAAGGAGUUGGAUUUACAAAGAAUCCUCCAAUAUUUCUUCAACAUAAUGACACUGUUGUCAUAGAAAUUGAUAAAAUCGGAUCAUUGACAAAUACAGUUGAAUACGAAAAUUAA